CAUUAAACGCGAAAUAGAGCGCGCAGAGCAGAGAGGAAAACUUUCGGUUUUUUGGCUCUUCCUUUUCCCACCACGCACGAACACGCCUCUACCAAGAUCCCAUCUUCAAGUUCAACUCCACCAGAGAAAUCUUCUUCCGUUCUUCGGCUCUUCUUGUCGAUUUAUUGACGACGAAAGCUGCCAGCCUUCGGCGACCGCGAAGAUGUGGUUAGUGACGACUUCCGGCGACGAUUGACGAGUGCCGACGACAUCGAUUGGUAUCUCUGAGUAUUCCCACGACGAAGGCGAUCAUUUUGGAUUUUGAAGUGAAAAUUUCAUGCAUUUAUGCUGUUUCAGUCUGUAAUUUUCAUCCUGGUCUAUUCCAGCGGUUUAUGAUACAUCCGACCGCACUUUAUCAGCAUUUUUCUCGAGGCAGCCAAAUACGACGCCAAUUUGAAGAGGAAGAAGAAGGAAUUUCAAAACUUCAAACCCCUUUCAACCUCAUAAAUUAUUCAAAAAAAAAUUGUAAACUGAUUUUCUCGAGAAAAUUCUAUUUAUUUUCUCGAGAAUUCUUGAAUUAAAAUGAAAUUAACGCCAUGCUUUUUCAGUUUCUUGUUGGUCUUAUUGAUCUCGGUGCAAUUUGGGGCUUCGUUUGGAACUCAGUCGGCUGACCAGGCUUACGUGACGCUACUGUACGGCGAUGAGUUUCUGUUGGGGGUUAGGGUUUUGGGCAAAUCAAUACGAAGCACUGGAUCGACUAAGCACAUGGUUGUUUUGGUAUCUGAUGGCGUCUCCGAUUACGCUAAGAAGCUUCUCCAGGCAGAUGGGUGGAAGGUGGAGGAGAUAAGCUUAUUAUCGAAUCCAAAUCAAGUGCGUCCGAAAAGGUUUUGGGGUGUCUAUACCAAGCUUAAGAUUUUCAAUAUGACUAACUAUAAAAAAGUUGUAUAUCUUGAUGCUGAUACUGUUGUGGUCAAGAACAUUGAGGAUCUUUUCAGAUGUGGAAAAUUCUGUGCUAACCUGAAGCAUUCUGAGAGGCUAAAUUCAGGAGUCAUGGUUGUUGAACCAUCAGAAACAGUUUUCAAUGAUAUGAUGAGCAAAGUGAACACGUUGCAUUCAUACACUGGAGGUGAUCAGGGAUUUCUAAAUUCAUAUUACCCUGAUUUUCCCAAUGCACAUGUUUUUGAGCCAAAUUUAUCUCCUGAGGUGUUGAAAUCUAAACCUGUUCCUGAUAUGGAGCGACUCUCUACUCUAUACAAUGCAGAUGUUGGUCUUUACAUGCUUGCAAAUAAGUGGAUGGUAAAUGAGACCGAACUCCGUGUUAUUCACUAUACACUUGGUCCACUUAAACCUUGGGACUGGUGGACAUCUUGGCUUUUAAAACCCGUUGAUGUCUGGCAGGACAUUAGAGUAAGGCUUGAGGAAACUCUUCCUGGAACUGGAGGGGGCAGAAAUCCAAAUGAUGAUGUUUUGGUCAAAGUCCUUUUCUUGUUGCCGCUUUGUGCUCUACUUUUCUGUUAUUACCGUACUAUCCUUCAGAUACAGGAACACUUUGGUUCACUUUGUAGAAGUUCACUAUGUGAUCAGAUUAGACUCCUUUACUUCAAAAUCAGAUCUCGUGGAGCAUUGGCUUAUACUGGUGUGCCGUCGUCAUCUACCACUAAUUCCAACCACCAUUUUUCAAAUGGGGGACAGUUGAAGGUGCCUGCCUAUCUGGGUGGAAUUUCAAUCUUAGUGUGCUUUGUGAUUGCUCUGGCUUCCCUUGGCCUGUCUUUUGCAAUUGUACCACGGCAAGUCAUGCCAUGGACUGGUUUGCUCUUGGUGUACGAGUGGACUUUCACACUUUUCAUUCUUCUAUUUGGAGGUUUUCUCAAUUUGAUUUAUCAAUGGGGAAGGACAGUGGCAUUCCAAGCAGGAUCCUUCUCUUCUCAUAGAGACUCUGUUGAUUAUGACUCUGGAAAAGGUCAUCAGAGACAGGCAUCAACUUGUGAUUUUGUUACAUGUUAUUAUGGAUUGGGGAUGGCAUUUUUGGCUGUAGCUACCCCUUCUUUACCAUGUUUAUUUGGAAUCACAGCUCUAUUUUUGAGGUUAGGAUUGAUGGUUGCAGGAGGCAUAGUUUUGGCAUCUUUCAUGACUUACGCUUCAGAGCACCUUGCAAUUCGUUCAUUUUUGAGAGGCCUUGAAGACCGGGACUCCAUACGAACUAGGAGUGCAUGUUUCUUGUGCUGACAAUAGGCUUCAAAGUGAUUAUGUAAGUUACAUGUUAUGUUUGUAUUUUUCCCUGUAAUUUAUAAACAUGUAAUGUGCUAUCAUUUAUCUGUAAAAAUUUUGCAGAAUCAUUUCUCAGAUUAAAUUUCCUUCUUUCUUUAUAAUAUUCUACAAAAAAUCUAUAUUUUCUUUGAUAA